UCAAUGAAUGUGAAUUAUUGAUGACCCAAAGUUGAAUAAAUAAAAUUUUAAGCAUUUUACUUUCUCAUUAAUACUGUCUUGUGAUAGUCCACAUUUUUAAGUGCUCAUUCAGAAUGUUAGUUUUAGCUAAAAUCUACAAAAGCUUGUCGUAUGCUUACAGCCUUCGAGAUAAAGUGUACGAUGAUUACUAUCUACUUAAGGAUCCACCUAUUCCAGUUAUGAUAAUUGUAUUUUCAUACAUUAUUCUGUUGAAAUAUGGACCAUCAUUUAUGAAUGAUCGAGCGGCAUACAACGUGAAAUUUCCAAUGCUGAUUUACAAUAUUUUUCAAGUCACUGCAAACUGCAUUGGAGCUUCUUAUUGCUUCUAUUAUUGCUUUAUAAGGACUAAGUACGAUAUCAUGUGUGAACCUUACAUCAGAGGUGUUGAUGAAAUCAGCAUUGCGAAGAGAAACUUAGGAUAUAUUUACUUUAUGUCGAAGUUUUGGGAUUUGAUUGACACAGUUUUCAUCAUCCUGAAGAAAAAUCACCGACAAUUAUCCUUACUGCACUGUUAUCAUCACCUAAUGAUGGCUACUGGUGGUUAUUUCAUCAUGAAAUGGUUUUCUGGCGGUCCUUUUGUCAUUCUCGGUUUCCUUAACUCCUCCGUACAUGCAAUCAUGUAUUUCUAUUAUCUUCUCAGCACCUUCAGAUCGGAUGUGAGAACAUCAAUAAAGUGGAAGAAGCACAUAACACAGUUGCAGAUGCUCCAAUUCAUUAUCGUUAUCAUCAGCUUCCUAAUUCCAAUCUUUUCUAAAGACUGUGAAUUUUCCAAAGCCAUGUCGCUGUUUAUGGCAUCACAAACCUCACUGAUCCUGUACCUUUUCGCGCGAUUUUAUGUUAAAGCAUAUUUAUCAAGCAAUAAAUCAACAAAAAGUUCAUAAACUUAAUUAAUUAAUAAAUAUUCAAUAACAGUUAAUUAUCUAAAUAGAAAUUUAUGUUAUUAAAAAUCAUUUUCAUGUUGAUUAUUUAUGAUUCGCAAGCUAACGUGCUUAUUAUAUGCACGCAUUUAACAUUUCUUUGAAUUGAACUUGUAAUAAUUAUUAUUGUGCCUCAACUGCGAUCAUCGUUAUUCAUUUUUUUCUUAAAAAUAUAUCUCUUGUAUUAUCAUCGUAUUAUAUAUUAUGGAUAUGAAUAUAAUAUGGAAGAGGAGUUAAGGAUGGUAUGGAAGUAGAAUGAUAAAUAUUCAAACAGCGUAUAUGACAUAUGUACCGAAAGGAGGAAUAAAACAAUCUGUCUGUGUGUGAAUCGCAUAAAAGAUCAAUGUGAAAAUGAGAAAUAAAGUGAUUUAAU